AACAAUGCCUUAGAAAGGGAAGACGAGGAUGUUUCCCCUCUUCCUUCUCCGAUCAAGGUGUACUUGCGUCCUGAUCCUGAUCCCACCAACCGCAGAGGACAGAGGACCAUGGAGAGCGGCACGAAGCGGCGGCGGCGGCAGCGGCAGCACCACUUCGUGCUGGUGCACGGCGCCUGCCACGGCGCGUGGUGCUGGUACAAGGUGGCCACCCUCCUGUCAUCCGCGGGCCACCGCGUGACGGCGCUGGACAUGGCGGCGUGCGGCGCCAGCCCCGGGCGCGCCGAGGAGGUGCCGUCCUUCGAGGAGUACAGCCGGCCGCUCCUGGCCGCGGUGUCCGGCCUGCCGCCCGAUGAGAAGGCGGUCCUCGUCGGCCACAGCUUCGGCGGGCUGAGCCUCGCGCUAGCGAUGGAGCGGUACCCGGACAUGGUCGCCGUCGCCGUCUUCGUCUCGACCGGCAUGCCCUCCGCUGGGAAGCCGUUAGCGUUCGUCUUCGAGAUGUUUUUGCAAGAAGAACAGCCAGCGGAUCGCUACAUGGACAACGAAUUCGAAACCAGCGGCGACACCCAGCAUCCCGUGGAGACACUUCGGUUCGGGCCACAGUACCUGAAGCAGAGACUGUACCAGCUCAGCCCCCCUGAGGACCUGGCCCUGGCAAUGGCGAUGGUGAGGCCGUCACAGCGGUUCCUAGACGACGCCACCAUGACGGGAAACGUCCUGACGGCUGAGCGGUACGGCGCCGUGAGGAAGGUGUGCGUCGUCGCCGAGGACGACGCGACGGUGCCAGCAGCCUUCCAGCGGCGGAUGGCGUCGUGGAACCCCGGCACGGAGGUGACGGGGUUGCAGGGAGCUGAUCAUAUGGUCAUGCUCUCAAAACCAAGGGAGCUGUCUGAACUUCUCAUGGAGAUAGCCGACAAGUACGUCUGAAACUUAAUUAUCAUCAUAUGUCUAAAUGCCUACCCGGCAAAAUGGUUGUUCAGAUAAAUAAAUGAGGACAGAAGUUUGAAGUAACUUGAUGAAAUAUGAUUUGAUUCUCUAUCCAAUGCAUGCAGAAGAAAACUUCAGA